GAAAUCUGUUUGGACCGGAGGGUGGUAUGAAGUUAGGUGAGGGUCCACGUCUGGGGUCAGACUCAGGGGUGGCUUGGUCUCAGAGACAGUGAGGGAACGAGGUCCUGAAGGCCCACAACGAGUACCGGGCUCAGCACGGUGUCCCCCCACUCAAGCUUUGCAAGAAGCUCAACCAGGAAGCCCAGCAGUAUUCAGAGGCCCUGGCUAGCACAAGAAUCCUCAAGCACAGCCCAGAGUCCAGUCGUGGCCAGUGUGGGGAGAACCUUGCGUGGGCAUCCUACGACCAAACAGGAAAGGAAGUGGCUGAUCGUUGGUACAGUGAAAUCAAGAAUUACAACUUCCAGCAGCCUGGCUUCACCUCGGGGACAGGACACUUCACAGCCAUGGUAUGGAAGAAUACGAAGAAGAUGGGAGUCGGUAAAGCAUCCGCAAGUGAUGGGUCCUCCUUUGUGGUGGCCAGAUACUUUCCCGCAGGGAAUGUCGUCAACCAGGGCUUCUUCGAAGAAAAUGUCCUGCCUCCAAAGAAGUAACUCUCCAAAUGGUGGAGACACACAAAUGAAGUGCCUAUAAAACAACAAAGAGCCAGCAAGCAUCUGCCCCUGUGGGUGUAUGCACUUGUGUGUGUACUCUUGAACAUCUCGUGCACACACUAUAAGCAACAGAGCAUGAGCUCAUUUCUGGUUAAAGGAUGGCCACCCGAAAGCAUUUAUCCAGAGGGUUACCUAACCACAAUUACUUAGAUUUGGGUAUGGUCAAUUCUGACAUAUUUUUGCUGUUAUUUUUUUAAAGCAGACUUCUUUUUGUAUCUUUCUUCAUUCUAAUAUCCAUCCUUGGACUCUGUAUUCUGAUAUUUGCCAUGCUGAGAGGUGAGGUCAUUUUAUGUGUACUUCCUGUGUUAUAAUCUCGUUUUUUUGGUUUUUUGGUUUUUUUUUUUUUUUUUUUGGUAGAUUUUGAAGAGUAUUAAACCUUCCUUUAAAUGUGACAUAAAGCAGCUUGCCUUAGAGAUACGUCACUAGCUCCAUUUCACAGAGUCAGUGAGAUUUCUUGUUCUCAGUUGGAAAAGACAUGAUAUCAUCCCACAUCCUCUGGGAUUCCCUAAUGGAAUUGCCAAAGAGCAAAUGGAGAAGGAAAAAAGCCUUACUUCCUUGCGGUCUUACCCUGUAAAGAGCAAAUACCACAGCCACGAGCACCUUUCACACCUCACACAUCUUUUUUUAAAUGCUUACAGCCUUACAUCUGGCUUCUGGGGGCAGGGGGCUAGGUCUGGAAUGCAGUCCUGCCCCCCACUCUCAUCUCACUGGACCCUCACACUGCCUGGGCUUUGGGCCAAGACUUUGGACUAUGAAGUCAGUGGUGUAGGGGAGAGGGUGAGCCCAUUUGGGGACCCUGGAGGAAACCCGACAGCCUCUGCCCUUCCCCAACCCAGCAGGCAGUGACCACCCAGCCUUGUCCCCUGCAGCUGUAGCUGCAGCUGAGCUGUGACUCCCUCCUGGAAUGUGUGACAAGCCCAAAUGCUCCCGGGAAGAGGCCCAAACAGGGAGAUUAGGAACGCUAAUUUGAUUCUGUGUUUUGCCUCAGACGAUACACAGUUCUCUCUGAAUAGCUGUUUAACCAGGUCCCCUUGGGAGGGACCAAGCUAGAGGUCCAGUUGAGUGUCCCUGAAAUGACGGCAUCUCCUCCUGCCAACACCAGUGCUGGAGGAAGGGGUGGUUGAUCUAAGGAAAGAGUGAGGCUGACGGAUCUUUGUUACACUGUGAACAGUCUCACACUGUUUAUUCAUCCAGGGAUAUAGACUAAAGAGACAAUAAAAUCCGUUCUUUUUGUGUAA